AUGGUUGAAGCCUGUAGGUGUAUACGUAAGUUGGGAGUUGCGUUCUUCCAUCACGAAGUUGUGAAGCAGACUCUGGUACUUGCAAUGGAGGUUCCUUCGUCAGAACCUCUAAUGUUGAAGCUAUUAAAAGAAGCAACUGAGGAAGGACUGAUUAGUUCCAGCCAAGUUGUGAAAGGGUUUUCUAGAUUGGCAGACGAUACAACACUGGAUGCUUCUAAUGAGCUUGCAAUUUUCUUAGCUCGGGCUAUGAUUAACGAUGUGCUUGUCCCAUUGAAUUUGGAUGAAACUAGCAGCAGGCUACCACCAAAAAGCAGUGGUAGUGAAACUGUGUGUAUAGCUCGAACACUUGUUUCUGCUUGCCCUGCAGGGAAGCUUUUGGCUAUAUGGAUUAACGUUGAUAGUGCAAGCAAUGCUCAAGGCUGCAACAUAGUAGACGACCGAUGCAAGAUCGAUUGA